UUUGAUAAUGUCGAUAAUGAUACAAUUUUUCAGGAGUACGAUCCACCACCAGGAGACGACAGUAAAAUGGGCUGGAGGAGAUCUCGACCGCCAAGAUGGUGGAUGUCGCUUUGGAAGGCCGUGAAAUGUGUUUUCUUUAUUCAAAUUAUAGGAGGUUUAGCUCUCGGCUCGCUCGCUCUAUUAAUUUUAGUUUUGGAUUUUAAUUCCGUAGAUCUUUGCUACGACAGACAGUUGCAUGGUCACUGGAACUCGUUACCUCGUAAGAUUCAGGCCAUUAUUGUGACAGCCGAGACACUGGAAGCAUAUGUAGUCCAGAUGUGGCCAUUUCUUCUGGUAAUCACAAUGUUUAGCUGGCCAUUAGUGAAAAGACUUAAUCUAUUAGUUCUUAAUCUAUUGGGAGCAUUCUUCGAUACCUGUUUCAGGCUGUACCUCCAAGUCUUUGAAAUAUACGAGAAGUCAUGGAUGUCUUUUCCUUUAAACGCUUUAUUUCUAACUAUGGUUCUGCUGAAUUCUGUUCUAGUGGGAAGAGAAAUUGCUAAAAUAACGGCCAGGGAUCGAAGAAGAAAACUUAGAAAAAUCCUCAAGGUUUCCUCUAUACUCGCAGCGCAAUUGGCAUUUGGGAUUCCUAUCGCUUUAGUUCUUGUUUACGUAUUGAUUCCAUUAUACGGUCAGCAGAAUGAGACGAACAGAGCCGUUAUAGCUGGCGCACUUCCUUUGAUGACCGCUGUACCGAAGGUCAUCGUCCGAUUGGCGGCCCAAAGGAUCGAUUUUCUCCAUCCCGGCGACUCCCAUGUCCUACUGAGUGUUCUAUACAGCGCAUCUGCGAUCGUUUUUCGCGUCAUGCAAGCAGAACUGACGAGUCUUCAACUGUUCAUUGCUCUGAGCUUUGUUCACAGUGCAGUUGACUUACUGGAAAGAUUGACCAUUGUUGUGCGGGAUUAUCUGUGGUAUUUUAUCUACAAAAAGUGUAAAGGUGACACUAACGCUGAAGACGCGUUAAGGGCGGACAGAUUUCGAACGCCCAGAAGCAUGCGUCUUAUUGCCGACAUGAGCAUUCAGAUGAUCCUCGGAGAAUCGACUGCGUUAAUAGCAGCGGUUGGCUUCAUCCAGCUGUAUAGCUUCAUGUACAACAAUAAUAGUCUGGCCUUCUCUGACCUGGGUUUGGUUGGGGAUUUCUUCAUCCGCGUGUCCAUUGCACUCACCAUCGAUUUCGUUUUCAAUUCGUUCUCAUUUUGGCUACAAAUAUCAUAUCUUAAUGUUGCUGUAGUGAAAGUGUGGAAGAAGAAAUGGCGAAAACAUAUGCUUGUGGGUCUGAUUUUGACCUCCGUGACACUCUGUUACUUUACAACUCAUUUGUUCGCAGUUGUAAAAGGCAAACAUACGUCUGCUGCUAGAAUGCGUCAUUUUAAUUGCACCAGGCCAUUUUCAAGAUUUUAGCUGAAACAGAGCAUGGUGUUAGGGAAAAUUUACUGA